ACCAAGUCAAACGCAGCCAAACUACUGGUAAAAUAACCUCUUCCUCCAAUGUUGCCAAUGUCGCAGUUGGUGGACAGGGCCAAGAACUUCGUGGCGGAGAAGGUGGUCAACAUAAAGAAGCCGGAAGCCACCCUCACCGAUGUCAAUAUGAAGAACUUCAGCCGGGAAGGCGUCGAGUUAAACGCCAAGGUCUCCGUCAACAACCCAUACGGCCAUCCCCUUCCCGUAUGUGAGGUCUCCUACGAACUCAAAAGUGCCAGCAGGGCGAUUGCGUCGGGGAAUAUGCCGGAUCCGGGGUCGUUGAAGGCGAGUGACACGACGAUGCUGGAGGUGCCGGUGAAGGUGCCGUACAGCAUCCUGGUGAGCUUGGCCAGGGACAUUGGAGCGGAUUGGGAUAUAGAUUAUGAGUUGGAGGUGGGUCUGACGAUCGAUCUUCCGAUCAUCGGGGACCUGAAAAUCCCUCUAUCCACCAAGGGCGAGAUCAAGCUUCCUGCUUUGUCCGAUCUGUUUUAGGGACGUCACUCCCAUUUUUUACAGCUGGUUAAAUGCCAAAUUUGGCUUAGAAACUUUCAAUUUUGAACAAAUUUCGUCCCUAAACUUUUUUUUAUAUACUUUUUUCACCAUUUAACUCUAAAAAAUACACUUUUUUUUU